UGUAAUAGAGCCACCUCCCUCAAAUUACGUUGCUCUCCAUGACCCAUCCUAAGGCUCACAGUUCAAGCUAAUCAUUGACAGAGCUUUACAAUCACAAGCUUUUUUACUGAAGCGUUGAUAAGACAGUCGAGCAGUUAGUGGCAAAUGAAGCCAGGCUGUGCGGCAUGAUCUCCAGGGAAUGAAUGGAUUUUCUUCAGCACUGAUGAGAGAAACAUACGCUAUAGGAAAACAAUGUCCAGCGGGGGACUGCAAAGAUCUGUCAUCCUGUCAGCGUUUAUUCUCCUACGAGCUGUUACUGGAUUCUCUGGGGACGGAAGAGCUAUAUGGUCUAGAAAUUCUAAUUUUAGUCCGGUAAAUGAAAGUCAGCUGUUUCUCUAUGACACUUUUCCUAAAAACUUUUUCUGGGGCGUUGGGACUGGAGCUUUUCAAGUGGAAGGGAAUUGGAAGACAGACGGGAAAGGACCCUCUAUAUGGGAUCAUUUCAUCCAUACACACCUUAAAAAUGUCAACAGCAUGAAUAGCUCCAGUGACAGUUACAUUUUUCUGGAAAAAGACUUAUCAGCCCUGGAUUUUAUAGGCGUUUCUUUUUAUCAGUUUUCGAUUUCCUGGCCAAGGCUUUUCCCUGAUGGAAUAGUAUCUGUUGCCAAUGCAAAAGGUCUCCAGUACUAUAACACUCUUCUCAACGCUCUAAUACUUAGAAAUGUGGAACCUAUAGUUACUUUAUACCAUUGGGAUUUGCCUUUGGCACUACAAGAAAAAUAUGGGGGGUGGAAAAAUGAAACCAUAAUAGAUAUCUUCAAUGACUAUGCCACAUACUGUUUCCAGACAUUUGGGGAUCGUGUCAAAUAUUGGAUUACAAUUCACAACCCAUAUCUAGUUGCUUGGCAUGGAUAUGGGACAGGUAUCCAUGCCCCUGGAGAGAAGGGAAAUUUAGCAGCUGUCUACACCGUGGGACACAAUCUAAUCAAGGCUCAUUCAAAAGUUUGGCAUAACUACAACAGAAAUUUCCGCCCACAUCAGAAAGGUUGGUUAUCGAUCACGUUGGGUUCCCAUUGGAUUGAGCCAAACAGAUCAGAAAACACAAUGGAUAUAAUCAAGUGCCAGCAAUCCAUGGUUUCUGUGCUCGGGUGGUUUGCCAACCCUAUCCACGGGGAUGGCGACUACCCAGAGGUGAUGAAAAAGAAGUUGCUCUCCAUUCUACCCCUUUUCUCCGAAGCAGAGCAGAAUGAGGUGAGAGGCACAGCUGACUUCUUUGCCUUUUCCUUUGGACCCAACAAUUUCAAGCCCCAGAACACCAUGGCUAAAAUAGGACAAAAUGUGUCACUCAAUUUAAGAGAAGUGCUGAACUGGAUUAAACUGGAAUACGGCAAUCCCCGAAUCCUGAUUACUGAGAAUGGCUGGUUUACGGACAAUCAUGUGAAAACAGAAGAUACCACAGCCAUCUACAUGAUGAAGAACUUCCUCAACCAGAUUCUUCAAGCAAUAAAGUUUGAUGAAAUACGAGUGUUUGGUUACACUGCCUGGUCCCUCCUGGAUGGCUUUGAAUGGCAGGAUGCCUACACCACUCGCCGAGGAUUAUUUUAUGUGGAUUUUAAUAGUCAACAAAAAGAAAGGAAGCCCAAGUCGUCAGCACAUUACUACAGACAGAUCAUACAAGACAACGGGUUCACUUUAAAAGAGUCCACACCAGAUGUACAGGGCCAGUUCCCCUGCGACUUCUCCUGGGGCGUCACCGAAUCUGUCCUUAAGCCGGAGUUGGUGGCUUCCUCCCCACAGUUCAACGAUCCUCACCUGUAUGUGUGGAAUGUGACGGGCAACAGACUGUUGCACCGAGUGGAAGGAGUGAGGCUGAAAACACGGCCAGCUCAGUGCACGGAUUUGGUCAGCAUCAAAAGACAGCUUGAGAUGUUGGCAAGAAUGAAAGUCACCCACUACAGGUUUGCUCUGGACUGGCCUUCAAUCCUUCCCACUGGCAAACUGUCCACAGUGAACCGACAGGCUUUGAGGUACUACAGGUGUAUCGUCAGUGAGGGGCUGAAGCUCAACAUCUCCUCCAUGGUCACGUUGUACUAUCCGACCCACGCCCACCUAGGCCUCCCCGCGCCUCUGCUGCACAGCGGCGGGUGGCUGAACCGGUCCACCGCCCAGGCCUUCCAGGACUACGCAGACCUGUGCUUCCAGGAGCUGGGGGACCUGGUGAAGCUCUGGAUCACCAUCAACGAGCCUAACCGGCUGAGUGACAUCUACAACCGCACAAGUAACGACACCUACUGGGCAGCCCACAACCUGCUGAUCGCCCACGCCCGGGUCUGGCACCUCUACGACCGGCAGUACAGGCCUGCGCAGCACGGGGCCGUUUCGCUGUCUCUGCACUCGGACUGGGCCGAACCCGCCAAUCCCUACGCCGACUCGCACUGGAGGGCGGCCGAGCGCUUCCUCCAGUUUGAAAUCGCCUGGUUCGCAGAACCCCUCAAGACCGGGGACUACCCGUUGGCCAUGAGGGAGUACAUCGCCUUCAAGAACAGGCAAGGGCUCUCGCGCUCCACGCUGCCUCAGUUCACCGAGGAGGAGAGGAAGCUGGUCAAGGGCACUGCCGACUUCUACGCCCUGAACCACUUCACCACCAGGUUCGUGAUGCAUAAGCGCCAGAACGGCAGCAGCUACGACGCGGACAGGGACAUCCAGUUCCUGCAGGACAUUACCUGCCUGAGCUCCCCUACCCGCCUGGCCGUGAUGCCCUGGGGAGAGCGCAAGGUGCUGAGGUGGAUCCGGAAGAACUAUGGAGACGUGGAUGUUUACAUCACAGCCAGCGGCAUCGACGACCAGUCCCUGGAAAAUGAUGAACUCCGAAAAUACUACUUAGAGAAAUACAUUCAGGAGGCUUUGAAAGCAUACCUGACUGAUAAAGUCAAAAUCAAAGGCUAUUAUGCAUUCAAACUGACUGAAGAAAAAUCUAGACCCAGAUUUGGAUUCUUCACAUCUGAUUUCAAAGCUAAAUCCUCAAUCCAGUUUUACAACAAACUGAUCAGCAACAAUGGCUUCCUUUCUGGGAACAGUAGUCCUAGAUGCAGUCAGACUCAAAGAAACACGGAGUGUAUCGUCUGCUUGUUUCUCAUGCAGAAGAAACCGCUGAUAUUUUUUGGAUGUUGUUUCUUCUCCACCCUAGUUCUACUUCUAUCAGUUACCAUUUUUCACAAGCGAAGGAGAAGAAAAUUUUGGAAAGCAAAGAACUUACAACACAUACCAUUAAAGAAAGGCCACAAGAGAGUUUCCAGUUAAACUGAUCCUCUUUCUGUCUGCAUGAUGGAAAGUUUAAAAAUUCACUCCAGUUCCAUAUACUGGUUAACUUACAGAAGAUACACCUUUAUUGUAGAAAAAAGACAAUUUAAGGUAUUAGUGAUAGCCAAGGUAAUGACAAUCGACGUCUCUGCUGUGUGGUUCUGAUUUUCCCUUAGGUGUUGACAUCAGUGAAUUCAGUUCUUGGAUCUGAAGAUAAAGUCUUUGCCUAGACAGUAAGCUAUCAAAUUUGCUUCAUGGAGUUUGAUGAGCUGUUUCCUAUUAUUCUUCCCUAGUUUUCUUCUGAAAACACUAAUAGCUACUUAUGAUAAAAGAAAUUGUUUUGAAAAAGUACAACUUUGUUAAGACUCCAUUCAUGGGGAGAGUAUAGCUUAGUGGUAGAGGGCAUGCUAAGCAUGCACAAGGUCCUGGUUUCAAUCCCCAGCACCUGCAUUAAAAUAAACGAACAAACCUAAUUAUCCCCCCGCCAAAUAACAUUUUAAAAAAAAAAGACUACAGAGAUUUAAAACUCUUAAUACUGGAUAGCCAGUAAUAAAUUGUCACUUCUAACAAGGUGCUUUCCCCCUUAGGUCAGGGUGGUUCUCAAAUGGAAAGAGAAAAUAGGGUAAGUAGUGCUUGUCUAUAGCCAGUUACAGUACUCUUAAGCACAUCGAUCUCUUAAGUUUCUAAUAGAAAUUAAAAUAAUUAACCAUUAAUAAACACCUAAUUUUGUUGUCUCUCCUUUUAUCAUUAAAAAAACCAUUUAAUUUCCAUAACUCAUCAUGGAAAGAUCAGAGAAAUAAGAUGAAAGAAAGCUAGACCCAACUGCCUAUCAACACAAGGUAGUCACUCAACCUCACAGUAUAGCCACCUCUUUAGACAAAUUGACAUUCCUCACUUGAAUUUUGUGAGGUGACAAGGUGUAGCAUACUUAGUAAAGCUAAACAUUUAAAAAAAGAUGUAGUUUUAUUACCAAGUUACCAAAGGACCAUUUAUCCUGUAAGACUUACUCUCUCCCCUAAAAUGCUUUACUGUUCUGACACCAUAGGCACUUAGGGGCCUCACGAGGUAUAGAAUGCAGCCGUAUGUGGACCUAAAACUGAGACUCUUUGGAUGCAAUUCAGAAAGCUGAUGGUCUGAAUGAGUUGGAACUGUUCUUACAAUUUCUGAAGCUAGAAUUAAGUAGAUUCUUAAAUCUGAACUUACAGAGGUUGACUUGCUUGAACUCCGUAUGUAAGGUUUGUUCAGUGUUGGAGGAAGAAAACUUGAACGUAAAUCCAUUUAUACACAUUCUUUCUUUAGGUGAGUCAGUAUUUAACUACUCAUUGUCCGCCCCUCCUGGAAUUUACUCAAAGGAAAAAUUUUCUUUCCUGCAUAACUGGGAUUCUAACUGAUAUUAAUAGCAUUAAGUUUCAGAGAGAAAUAACACAAUUGGUCAAUGCAAACAAAUGCAAAAGUGACGGGAAAUCAAUUUGCUAUUUGGCUGGCCAAUUCAAAUACUAAACAAUUUUGCAGAUGUGUUUUUGUCUAGUCUCCUUGCCCCUACUUGCACCUCUCCUUCAACCUUAGCAGUUUUUAGGUUAUGCUUUGCAAGGAUAUUUUUUUCUAUUUUUUUCUUUCAGAACUAAGUGGGCCUGAGGCCAUACACAAGUACAGUAGCUAGUCAUUGUGUUAAUUUUAUGGAAUACCAAAUGAACAACUCAACUUUUUAACCAUUAACAUUCAGGGUUUUGAGAAAAAAAAUGCAUUUUCACUCAUAACAGAUUUGGAAUUAAGGUUUUGCUUUCUUGAUCUUAAAUACUUCAAUGAUUAUUUUGUUUACCGUCUUCCCUUUUUGCCACUUGGGAAUUAUCAUACUAGUUUUUAAGCCAUCAUCAUAUAAGAAUCCCUAGGUAAAUAUUUAAUCCAGCUCAUGAUCAGUUGUACUAUUCUUAGACUCAUUUAAAAAUCAUGAAGGGUCAAUUAGAAACUGUUGAUAGCUUUUGACAGGACAAGAGCUUUAGAAUUCAAGCUUUUCUGAGAGAAGAAAAAAAAAUCUUAAAAUCUAACUUGUUACUUUGUAUACUGUUACAUUCCUUGUAUUCAAUUAAACAAUCCUGUCUUUCACUAACAAGUCUGACAUAGAUACAUCACGACUAUGGCGUUCAAAAAGCCUCUGAAUCAUGAAGUCAGUACAUUGUGACUGAAUGUUUAAUUUUCAAUGUAAUUUAUUCCAAAUAAACUGGUUUAUGCUGAUUGUUCAUA